GUCGGUCAGUACGAGAGCCACACCGCUUUCACUCUUCCUGGUCUCUACCGUGUCGUACAUGGUAUCGAUGUGUUCGAUCCUAAAUUCAACAUUGUGUCCCCCGGUGCUGAUAUGGAGAUAUACUUCCCUUACACCGAGGAGAAGAGGAGAUUGAAGCAUUUCCAUCCUGAGAUCGAAGACCUUCUUUACAGCAAAGUCGAGAAUGAAGAACACUUAUGUGUGCUCAAUGACCGCAACAAGCCAAUUCUGUUUACUAUGGCAAGGCUGGAUCGUGUCAAGAAUUUAACCGGACUUGUCGAGUGGUAUGGCAAGAACGCAAAGUUGCGUGACUUGGUGAACCUUGUAGUUGUAGGUGGAGACAGGCGAAAGGAAUCGAAAGAUUUGGAAGAGAAAGCCGAAAUGAAGAAGAUGCUCGAGCUGAUUGAAAAGUACAACUUGAAUGGCCAAUUCAGAUGGAUAUCAUCCCAAAUGAACAGAAUCCGCAACGGAGAACUUUACCGAUACAUCUGCGACACUAAAGGUGCAUUCGUACAACCCGCAUUGUACGAAGCUUUCGGAUUGACAGUCGUGGAGGCAAUGACUUGCGGUCUGCCGACGUUUGCAACUUGCAAUGGUGGACCGGCUGAGAUUAUUGUCCACGGUAAAUCCGGUUUCAACAUCGAUCCUUACCACGGUGAUCAAGCUGCUGAGAUACUCGUCGAUUUCUUCGAGAAGUGUAAGGUGGAUCCAUCUCACUGGGACAAGAUCUCACAAGGAGGAUUGCAACGUAUUGAGGAGAAAUAUACAUGGAAGAUCUACUCCGAGAGACUGUUGACCCUCACCGGAGUGUACGGAUUCUGGAAGCAUGUCUCCAACCUCGAACGCCGUGAGAGCCGCCGUUAUCUUGAGAUGUUCUAUGCUCUCAAGUACCGCAAACUGGCUGAAUCAGUUCCUUUGGCAGAGGAGUGAAUUGAGGGUGAUGAACAGCAAUGUGCCGCUUCUUUUCUGGAGAAUAAUAAUUGUUGUUUUCGCUUUGAAUUGGAUAAGGGAAAAGAAAAGCCUCUUUGUAUUUCAUUUUGUGAUUCUUCUUUUUCUUUGCCGGCAUUGUUUGAACAUGGCGUUUUGCGCCGCUCAAUUCAAGCAAAAGGUUGUCCUUUUCAUU